AUGCCCGUGGAUUUCCUUGUCCUAAACAUUCUCAUGUUGUGGCAUGUCCGCGACAUUGCGUGGGUUGCGACACGGUCGUGGAUCGACUCGCACCCAGACACCUUUGAUCGCGCGAUCGCGAUCGCGAUAUCAAUUCCACCCAGUACCAAUCGCUUUCGAUAUGAGCUACUGGCUAACUGA